AAACACCAUGGACUCUCCCCCAAAACGCUCGCGCGAAGAAACCGAAGACGAGUACGACGAUGCGCCGCCACGCAAACGCUCCAGUUCCCGCUCUCCCCACAAUGGCUCCCCCGAGUACAGACUAGCAGAACGGCCUGCGCGCCGGUACAGCAGAGACCGCGACAACUCCGUGGACGACAGCGCCGACGAACGACGCUACUACGAACGCCGAACACCAUCCAGGUCACGGUCCCGCUCAAACUCGCGCUCGCGAUCUCAAAGCAACACGCCCCCACCCCGCAAACCCACAGCCCUAAACUAUACCCCCCACCUCAUCCUGCGCGGCCACAAGCGCGCAAUAUCCUGCCUCAAGUUCUCUCCUAACGGACUAUGGAUAGCCAGCGGCUCCGCUGACGCCACAAUCAAGAUAUGGUCCUCCUCGAGUGGCGCACUCGAACACACGCUCGAAGGCCACCUCGCCGGCAUCAACACCCUAACCUGGUCGCCGGACAGCACAACCCUCGCCUCCGGCUCAGACGACAAGAGCAUCCGCCUCUGGGACGCGCAGACAGGGCUCGCGCACCCGACGCCGCUGAUCGGACACCACAAUUAUGUGUACUCCCUCGCCUUCAGUCCCAAGGGGAAUAUGCUCGUCAGUGGGAGCUACGACGAAGCAGUGUUUCUGUGGGACGUGCGUGCAGCCCGCGUAAUGCGCUCUUUACCCGCGCAUUCCGAUCCGGUGUCUGCAGUCGACUUUGUGCGCGACGGCACGCUGAUCGUGUCUUGUUCGCACGAUGGGUUGAUUAGGGUGUGGGACACGGGUACAGGGCAAUGUUUACGCACGCUCGUCCACGAAGACAACGCGCCGGUGACGAGUGUAAAGUUCAGUCCAAACGGUAAAUACAUACUGGCGCAUACACUGGAUUCGUGUAUACGGCUGUGGGACUAUGCGAAUGGCAAGGGGAAAUGCAUCAAGACGUAUCAGGGGCACACAAACGCCAAGUAUUCGCUAUCUGGCGCGUUUGGGGCAUACGGCUCGCGCACAGGCUCGAGAGAGACGUACGCUUUCGUAGCGUCAGGCAGCGAAGAAGGAGGCGUUGUGCUAUGGGACGUCUCGAGUAAGAACGUACUCCAGCGACUCUCUGGUCACGAUGAGGCAGUGCUGGCUGUAGACACGCAUCCCAAGGAAGAGCUGCUUGCGAGUGCGGCGCUGGACAGGAGUAUACGGAUAUGGAAAGCCUCUCCUUUGCCAGAAGCGAGGGUGAAACAGGAGACGAGUAACGGGUAUGAUCCGGAUGUGCUCCCACCAAACCCUUUCGCAACAGAUAGUCCUACCUGGUUCGGCGCGUGCGGCACGCUCACCGCAUCAACCUCAUGCGCCUCAUUCGUCGCUUGA